GCACAAGCAUUGGCCGAUCAUUUGGCAGAAAACCCAGUUGACGAUGAGUAUGAGCCUUUGAAUACUUAUUUUCCUGAUGAAGAGAUUAAUUCAGUUGAGGAAGAAAUUCGCGAUGACAGUCACGUCUGGAAAUUAUACUUUGAUGGGGCGGUCAACAUUAAAGGUGUCGAGAUUGGGGCAAUUCUCAUUUCACCAAUGGGGCAUCAUUAUCCCGCCACGGCACGACUUCAUUUCUUCUGUACCAAUAAUACAGCAGAAUAUGAAGCUUGCAUAAUGGGUUUAAACAUGGCCAUACAUCUGGAUGUACAUGAGUUAAUAGUUUUGGGAGAUUCUGACUUACUCAUUCGGCAGGCUCAGGGUGAAUGGGAAACUCGAGACAUCAAGCUCAUUCCGUAUAAACAAUGUUUAGAGGACCUUAGCAAAAGGUUUAAGUCAAUCGAGUUCAGAUACAUUCCCAGAUUUCACAAUGAGCUGGCCGAUGCCUUGGCCACUUUAGCCUCAAUGCUUCCAUACCCAGGCAAUGCUUACAUUAAUCCAUUAGAGAUUCAAAUUAGGGAUCAACAUGGUUAUUGCAAUACAAUUGAAGUAGAGCCAGAUGGUGAGCCGUGGUAUCACGAUAUCAAAAGAUUCCUAAAAACAAAAGAAUAUCCAUUACAUGCCGAUGGAGAUCAAAAAAGAACUAUUAGGCGAUUUUCCAAUGGUUUCUUUCUAAGUGGGGAGAUCUUAUACAAAAGGACCUCGGAUUUGAAUUUGUUGAGAUGUGUGAAUACCCAAGAAGCUGAAAUGAUCAUGAAUAAAGUGCACUCCGGAGUAUGUGGCCCGCACAUGAACGGUUAUGUUCUAGCAAAGAAGAUUCUUCGAGCAGAUACUAUUGGCUUACCAUGGAGCGAGAUUGUUUUCGCUUUGUUCGCAAGUGUCAUCAAUGCCAAAUUCACGAUGACCGGAUUCAUUCGCCCCUUCGAGUUGCACCCUAUGUCCGCUCCUUGGCCUUUCGUAGCUUGGGGGAUAGAUGUUAUUGGGCCAAUUGAGCCAAAAGCUUCUAAUGGGCACAAACAUUCAUUCUAG